CUGAAGACUUCCCCUCCCUCAGUGACAGAGCCUGUGGGUCCGUGAUCGGUACUGUUUCUGCACCUCGCGCACUGGCAGAAGGUUAUUCUCUGAUGGUAAUAUUUGGCUUCAGCUUUGGCCUCAGGUAAAUUAACAUGAUGGAUUUCUCCAAGCUACCCAAAAUACUCGAUGAAGAUAAAGAAAGCACAUUUGGUUAUGUGCAUGGGGUCUCAGGUCCUGUGGUGACAGCCUGUGACAUGGCAGGGGCAGCCAUGUAUGAGCUGGUGAGAGUGGGCCACAGCGAGUUGGUUGGAGAGAUUAUCCGAUUGGAGGGUGACAUGGCUACUAUCCAGGUGUACGAAGAAACCUCUGGUGUGUCUGUUGGAGACCCUGUACUCCGCACUGGUAAACCCCUCUCUGUAGAGCUUGGUCCUGGCAUUAUGGGAGCCAUUUUUGAUGGUAUUCAAAGACCUCUGUCAGAUAUCAGCAAUCAGACACAAAGUAUCUACAUUCCCCGAGGAGUAAAUGUGUCUGCCCUUAGCAGAGAUAUCAAAUGGGAUUUUACACCUUGCAAAAACCUACGGGUUGGUAGUCACAUCACUGGUGGAGAUAUUUAUGGAAUUGUCGUUGAGAAUUCGCUCAUCAGACACAAAAUCAUGUUACCCCCACGAAACAGAGGAACUGUAACUUACAUCGCUCCACCUGGAAAUUAUGAUACCUCUGAUGUUGUCCUGGAGCUUGAAUUUGAAGGCAUAAAGGAAAAGUUCAGCAUGGUUCAAGUAUGGCCUGUACGUCAGGUUCGGCCUGUCACUGAGAAGCUGCCCGCUAAUCAUCCUUUGCUGACUGGCCAGAGAGUCCUUGAUGCCCUUUUCCCAUGUGUACAGGGAGGAACAACUGCAAUCCCUGGGGCUUUUGGCUGUGGAAAGACAGUGAUAUCUCAGUCUCUAUCCAAGUAUUCCAACAGUGACGUAAUCAUCUACGUAGGAUGUGGUGAAAGAGGAAAUGAGAUGUCUGAAGUCCUCCGUGACUUCCCAGAGCUCACGAUGGAAGUUGAUGGGAAGGUAGAGUCAAUUAUGAAGAGGACAGCUUUGGUCGCCAAUACCUCCAACAUGCCUGUGGCUGCCAGAGAAGCCUCUAUUUAUACUGGAAUUACAUUGUCCGAAUACUUCCGGGACAUGGGCUAUAAUGUUAGUAUGAUGGCUGACUCUACCUCUCGAUGGGCUGAGGCCCUUAGAGAAAUCUCUGGUCGCUUGGCUGAAAUGCCUGCAGAUAGUGGAUAUCCUGCAUAUCUUGGUGCCCGUCUGGCCUCUUUCUAUGAGCGAGCAGGCAGGGUGAAAUGUCUUGGAAAUCCUGAAAGAGAAGGGAGUGUCAGCAUUGUAGGAGCAGUUUCUCCACCUGGUGGUGAUUUUUCUGACCCGGUUACAUCUGCUACUCUUGGUAUUGUUCAGGUGUUCUGGGGCUUAGAUAAGAAACUGGCUCAACGUAAGCAUUUCCCCUCUGUCAACUGGCUAAUCAGCUACAGCAAGUAUACACGUGCCUUGGAUGAGUACUAUGACAAACACUUCACAGAGUUUGUUCCUCUGAGGACCAAAGCUAAGGAGAUUCUGCAGGAAGAAGAAGACCUGGCAGAAAUCGUGCAGCUUGUGGGAAAGGCUUCUCUAGCAGAAACAGAUAAAAUCACUCUGGAGGUAGCCAAACUUAUCAAAGAUGAUUUCCUACAACAAAAUGGAUAUACUCCUUAUGACAGGUUCUGCCCAUUCUACAAGACAGUAGGGAUGCUGUCCAACAUGAUUGCAUUUUAUGAUAUGGCCCGUAGAGCUGUUGAAACCACUGCCCAGAGUGACAAUAAAAUCACAUGGUCCAUUAUCCGUGAGCACAUGGGGGAGAUUCUCUAUAAACUUUCCUCCAUGAAAUUCAAGGAUCCAGUGAAAGAUGGUGAGGCGAAGAUCAAGGCCGACUAUGCACAACUUCUUGAAGAUAUGCAGAAUGCAUUCCGUAGCCUUGAAGAUUAGAACUGUGAUUUCUUUCCUCCUUUUCCUCAGCAAGCUCUCGUGUUUGUGUAUUUUCCAAAAUUUCUCAUCUCAGACCGUUUGCUUCUUUAUUGUGCAGCUUUGAGACUAGUGCCUAUGUGUGUUAUCAUUUGUUUCCCUGUUUAUUUGGUAGGUCUUAUAUAAAACAAACAUUCCUUUGUUCCAGUGUUUGAAAAGCCUCCCUGAUACUUUCUCCCAGAUGGUGAAUGUAGUAAAUAUGAUAUAUAAUGGCUACACUACUGUAAACCUGUAUGUAGAGUGACAUCCCUCCUUGUCCUAGGUUUGCCUUUCCUCGUCGCCAUUAAAUUGCAAACAGGACUACUGCAUGUACUCUCUUUGCAGUGGAUUUGGAAUGAAAGGCAGGUUUCUAUACAUUUUGACAGGUACUUCGUGAAAUAACUUGAUCACUUUAUCUACAUGUCAAGGUUAUUUGCAGCUUAGCAUUUUACUAAGUAACUGCUUUGCAGGAAAUACUUGCUUUUUUAAAAAAGAUGAUUAACGUUCCAAUUAUGCAUUGCUUCCCCAGUAUAAAUCAGGAAUAUUUAUGGGAAACUGUUGGGAACUAUAUUGUUUUUCAAACAGGCAUUUGUGGGGUCUCAGCACAAUAGAUGAAUCAGUACCCUCUAAAAAAGUAAAAAAAGGAGCCAGACAGUCAAAUUUAGAUCAACAUCAUCUUGUUAUACAGCUUAUUUUGUUUCACUAGGAAAAAUUCAGUAUCAAGGACUAUUCUACUGCAUUACUAGGAAAUUAUUUUUAAAAUUAAAUUUAGAACAAUCACCAAGAACUUGAUCCACAUCACUCCCAUUUUCUUAACUCAAACAUCUUAGAAGCCUAAGCUUCUAAGGAUCAUGUCGCAGUGUGAUGGGAAGUAAAAUGUCACAGAGAGGAUACUCAGCAGUGGUUAAAGGCUGUUUGGCACGUAAGGUCCAGCUGGGCUGUAGUGAUUCUUGGGGCCAAAGUGGCAUUGUUUUUACAAGAUAAUGACAUGUGUCACAUGUUUGCAUGUUUGUUUGCUUAUUGAAUUUUUGGACAACCAGUUUACCAAUUAUAGAAAAUAAUUCUUUCAUGUGGGUUUUGAUUCAUUGGCUCAGAAGAGUUCUCAGAGUUCGGUAGCCAUAGCAGAAUAAUAGUUUCCAUUCGAUUUAAUAGAGAUGAAAUUAAUUCUUGUAUCUGCUGAUAGCAGAAUCUGGGCCAUAUGAAAAAAAGAUCAUUUCAUCCUUUCUUUUAAGAGUCUGUUUUAAAAUAAUAGUUUCUAUGUCUGUACAGUAAGGCACACUGCAGAAAAGCUCUGCAAGCGAUAGUUUCCCAUUAACUUUCUGACCAAUAGUGCUGGCACCAUCGCUUCCUCUUUGGGAAGAGGAAAGGGCAUGUCCGACAGUCUCAAAUACCCAAAUGUAAUAGCAUAAAUAAAGUAUUUAUUUUAUGCCUCAAUAUCUUAUUUAAAUUUUUAGGUAAUGUAUUUCUUUUGGUUUGUUAAGAUACAAUCAGUAGAGAAUUCAGCUACAGUUUGUUUAAAUCCUUGCAGAUUCCAUGUUCUUACAGUAGCCUACUAUUCAGGAGGGGUAUUCGUCCAUAUACCUUUUUGUAACCUUUCAGAAUACUGGAAGAUAAAAACUUUGCAGUGAUUUGUUGAGAUGUGGACUUAAUGGUGCUGCUUAAUCAGUUUGCUUCCAAUGUGGCCUCCUACCCAGAGGCCCUAAGACCAGUGGAAAUUAAAAGGAUUUCAAAAACUUUCUAUUUCUACCUUAAACUUACCAGCAAACUAGGAUCGUGAUGGUAAUGAACAAUAAGAUGAAGAAAAAGCUUGACCAAGUUUGUUUUUUGUCAUUCUGAAUUUGCAACAUACAUUCUUACUCCUUUUUAAGAAUGUUGAUAUAUGGGCAUGAAGAUGCUAGAGAAACUGUGCUCAGAUAUUCAUUGUUAAGUGUCCCUUCACCUGUAGAAUUUCAUAUUGGUCACCGAUCAUAUUUCUUUAGUAAGAAUGUGUUAAAAUCACAACAAUCUUUUAAAAAGAUGAUGCAGUUCUAUAUUUAUUGUGCUGUGCCUGGUCCUACGUGGAGCCAGUUAAACAAGUUUCGUAUGUAUUUUUCCAGUGUUAAGUCUCACAUUGUACCCUUUGGGAAUUUCCUUCCAUCCCGAGGAAUGAAUAGAAGAGGUCAUAUAUAUUGCCUCCUUAUCCUUGAGAUUUCUUUAUGUUAAAAGUUGUGUAUAAUUGUUAAAAAUCUAUGAAAGAAUAAAAAGUGGAUUUAAAUUAA